AUGAGGCAGGGGACUGGUUUAUUGAAGAAGAAGAUAUAUGUUUGGUGGGCCCAUUUGAUGGAGAGUGACUGUGGCGGUGAUGGUGGAGGAAAGGAGGGUCCGUUUAACAGCCUCGUAAAUGAAGCAAUCAUCGAUGAUGCUGGAUCAAAAAAGAUUAACCGACAAAACUUACAAUCUCGGGCCCAUGGAAGCAAAUCUUUAACAUCUCUUCCAGGUUAUUUGGGCGAAAGGUUAUUUGGGCAAUUCACUAUAACUCCAGGUCGUGGAAUCCGAUACCGGCAAAACUUACAAUCUCGGGCCCAUGGAAGCAAAUCUUUAACAUCUCUUCCAGAAGUCGCGUUUUGGCUGGACGUAUGGGCUGCUCCGGAGCCGUUUCAGGUCCUUUUUCCAUCUUUGUUCCAGUUGGAAGUAGAUAAAGGGAGUUUGGUGGCGGAUAAGUUUAGGCCAGGCUCAAUCGGCAGUCCGUGGGUUUGGAGAUGGAAAAGGGGUUGGCUGAAUACGGAUGAACUCACAGAAUUUCAACAACUUAAUAACCUGCUGCAACAUAUCACGGUGACGUCUGGGCCGGAUAGCUGGUUAUGGAGCUUGGAUUCUACGGGGCAGUUUAAAGUUAGUAGUCUCAGAAGGAAGUUGGUCGAAUUAAACUAUGUAAAACCUGACUAUGUGGUUGACUGGAAUAACUGGGUUCCGAAAAAGGUUGGUUUGGUGGCUUGGCGGGCUGAAAAGGAGCGACUACCAACAAGAACAGCCCUUCAUAGGAGGGGUAUUUCAAUCCAAAACUUGGAAUGUCUCAUGUGCAGAGAAUAUGAUGAAUCAUGCGAUCACCUAUUCGUCUCUUGCGGGUUCGCUCAAGUUGUUUGGCAGGUGGUAUGUCAAUGGUGCAAAACACAGCAACUAAUAGCCUUCAGGUUACAAGAUAUUCUGGACGCUUACAAGAGGUUCGGGGGUUCGACUGAGAAAAAGAAGGCUUUUCAUGCGGUCUGUCUUGUGUCAUUAUGGAGCAUCUGGAACCUUAGGAACGAGUUGAUGUUUACCGGUAAAUCGAAGACAAUCUCGGCUGUGGUGGAGGAGAUUAAGCUGAAGAGUUUUGGCUGGGUAAAGCAUCGGUCCAAGGAAGCAACGAUGACUUGGGAGAAAUGGCAAUCAUUUGAUGUUUUUUGA